AUGGCAUCACCAGGCGGACCCCCGCCCGGCGGGCCUCCCUUCAACCAGCAGCAAAUCCAACAACUGAUCGCCAUGGAAGCGCAAAAGCGAGGCAUGACCAUUCCACAGUUCCAAGCCUUUCAGCGCCAACAGAUCGAGACCGAAGCCGCGAAAGCGGGCAUGACCCCGCAGCAGUUUGUCCAGAUGAAGCAGGAAGAGGCACGGCAACAGUUCAUGCGGCAACAGCAGAUGCAACAGGCUCAACAACAGCAGCAGGCACAAGGACAAGGCCAACCACAGCAGCAACAGUCAAGACCUGGAGGACCUCCGCCUGGGCAGCAAGUUCAACAUAUCCCAGUGAAUGCGAACGUCGAGGCGAAACCCGAGGCGCUCGCUGUCGCAAAGUUUCUACGUGGCCAGGACCUGAAGACCAGGACGUGUAUCUUCAACGGAGAGAGAAAGGAUAUGUUCAAAGUCAAACGAGCCUUCCGAGCCCUCCAAUCCGAUGCCUACAAGAAAGCGCAAAAGAAAAAUCCUCUUCUACCCAAGGUCGAGAACGACGUCGAUGCCCGCCAGACACUACAGCUUCUUCCCUUGUCGAUGCUCGCCCUGCGUGUGUCCAAGAAAGACCCGCACGAGGGUCACAACCACGCCAAACCCAAGAAAGAGAAACGAGUCAAGGGACUCUGGGAAGUCAAGAUCGAGCAACAACAAGAUUUCGACCCGAUGAUGCACUAUGUGUGGCUAUUUGAAGGAUCACAAUGGAAGACGAAACUGUGGGCCGGCCUCGCCCUGAUUGCAGUCUUCGCUGUGGUUCUCUUCCCCCUAUGGCCGCUGAAGCUGAGACUCGGCGUGUGGUACCUCUCGGUCGGCUUGAUGGGGCUCAUUGCGCUCUUCUUCGCUAUGGCCAUCUUCCGGCUCAUUCUCUUCGUCAUAACAUUCUUCCUCGUCCCACCGGGUUUGUGGUUGUACCCCAAUUUAUUCGAGGAUGUCGGCUUCUUUGACAGCUUCCGGCCACUGUGGGGCUGGCAUGAGACGAAGGAAGACAUCAAGAGGAAGAAGAAGGAGAAGAGGGCCCGAAAGGCGCAGAAGAAGCUCGCUGAGUCUGCAGGUAGUGGUGGUGAGAAGAACCAGACUGCUCCGGCCGUGGUGGCUCUCCCCUCAUCUUCGAAUGGUGCGGCUGUCACUUCUGGUGCCGAGCCAGGUGCAGCGUCAACGGCGGCCAAGCGGCACGUUGCCCCGACUGUGGAGGAAGCUGAUGAUGAAUGA